GAGCUCAAAUCCGCACCCAUCUUUACAUGAUCGCAUUCAUUGAAUCUUCCUUGCUGUCGACCAGAUCUUUACCCAUUGUCGUACCAGUAAAAGCAAUCGUUAACAGCAAUGGCCAAUUACAUUCACGUUCCCGAAUGUGCACCGCAGGUUCCUAAAUUAGACGUGACGGUGGACGAGCACGACUACAGAGCCGGAGCGCUGAAAUUGAUCAAGACGCUCAGACCCCGUUGGAAACCUUCCGAGGUCAAAAUGAAGUUUUUCACUGACGGCAUUACAAACAAGCUGAUUGGCUGUUAUGUCGGUGGCUCCAUGCAGGAGGUGGUCCUGGUUCGCGUCUAUGGGAACAAGACGGAGCUUUUCGUGGACCGGGAGAACGAGGUCAAGAGCUUCCGUGUCCUCCAGGCGCAUCGGUGCGCGCCACGCCUCUACUGCACCUUCAACAACGGCCUGUGCUAUGAGUUUCUGCAGGGUAUGGCCCUGGAACCCGAACAUAUCCGCAGCCCUGCCAUGUUCAGGAACAUUGCAAGGCAGAUGGCUAAGUACCAUGCCAUACAUGCCCAUAAUGGUUGGGUGCCCCAAUCAGACCUCUGGAUAAAGAUGACCAAGUUCUUUUCCCUUGUGCCUUCACAUUUUAAUGACCCUGAAAAGGACCAGAGGUGGGAAAUUUUCAUAAGGCUGAACAGCGAGGUCCCCAGCGCGACCUGUCUCAGAGAGGAGAUGAUCUGGCUUCAGCAGAACCUUUCUAAACUGGGUUCCCCAGUGGUUCUCUGCCACAACGAUCUGCUGUGUAAGAACAUCAUCUACAACCAAAAGGAAGGAAAUGUCAAAUUCAUUGACUACGAAUACGCUGGGUACAAUUACCAAGCCUUUGACAUUGGGAAUCACUUCAAUGAAUUUGCAGGUCUGAAUGAGGUGGACUAUAGCCUGUAUCCUGGGCGAGAACUCCAGUUGCAGUGGCUUAGGGCCUAUCUGGAGGCAUACAAAGAGUACAAAUCACUGGGCACAGACGUGUCCAAUACUGAAGUUGAGGUGCUCUAUGUGCAAGUCAACCGCUUUGCAUUGGCGUCUCAUUUCUUCUGGGGACUGUGGGCGUUAAUCCAGGCUCAGUACUCAACCAUUGACUUUGACUUCCUGGGAUACGCAGUGCUUCGUUUCAGCCAGUACUUCAAGAUGAAGCCAGAGGUCACGUCACUGAACCUUCCAGAAUAAUCUCUCAGGUUACAGCUUGCGUUACUCUCUAGAGAAGAGCUCCCCCUGGUGGACACACAUACUAACUGGAAUGCUCUUCGGUUUUGUAGACUGAACUGUAUGCACUUGUCUAAAUAUAUAUCGUUUUAGAUAAGCCCCGAUCAUCUCUGAACCCAACGCCUCAUCGAGUUGGUUCAGUGUGGUAGAAAACCAAGAACCUAAGCCCUCCAUGCAUUUAUCUGCUGGUUAAGAGAGAGUCAUCAUCCCAGUGCCCUAUUUGUAGCGAUGUUUUCAAUUGAGUGAUAUUGCCAAUCGAGGAAGCAGCCAGCAAACGACUUGCUACAAUGCACAAUAUCAUCGGCUUGGCCUUGUAUUUCCCAUAUAUGUGAAAAAGCCCUGGAGAAUCGAAAAGUAAAGAAACCCCCAGAUACCACUUCAAAUAUUAUAUUAUAAUAACGAAAAAAGUCUGCUGGGUUGGUAUUCAGCAACCUGCUAUCACCCAAAAGGUCAUUCCUACUUGUUUACACAACAUUUAAUGGGAGAAAUCUGUGUACUGUAUAGAAAUGAUGGGUUUACUGUAUGGAUAGUUUGGUUCUGUCUAAACACUGAGCUUCGGGCCUGUCUGUUCCCACUAGGGUCGGCUUUCCGACCCAGCUUUGGGGGACCAAUAGAAGCAUCGUCUCUGUUUCUGAAUGAAGAUUAUUUCUUCAUCCUGUCACUGUGAAUUCAUAAAGUUUCUCAUCGGUUUUCUCAGCGCGGUGCUUGGGACGUUAGUAAUAGUCGGAUAAGGCGAAAGCUCAUCUGACGGCCAUGCCAAAGUGCUGAUAUUUCUAGCUUGUAUAUGUUGCACAUUUUUCAGCGUAGACAAAAAAUACUGCUUGAAAGAAGGUUUUUAUACUUAUUUAAAUGGAGUGAAAGUGACCUGCGUGCAUGUCUGGGAGGUUUCGGGAAAACUCUUUUUAUCGGAUGUAUUCCAGAAAGGCCUUAUCGACUGUAUCGGCUGCUAGAUGCACUAAGCUAUCGAUUAAACUCGACUUGUGCCGCAACAGCAUAGCUAUGGCGCCUUUGCACAAGCUGAGAACAAAAUCAGUCCUCACUUUGUUACUUUAAAUCUGCCCCUUUUUGUUUAGUUUUCAUUGGAAACGAAUUUAAGCUGUGAUUUCGGUAACACUUUAUUUGCCCCUAUCGUGCGUAUUAAGCAUCACUGUAAUAAAUCACUUUAUCAAUUAUGUAAAUGAUGUAAUUAUUUUGCAGAAAUGACAUGCAGCUAGCUCAAUAAAUUGUUACUCAGUACUUAUUUAAAGCAUAGAAAUAUAAACAGUGUCAUUUUCUAUUGCAAACCUCAGAUCUUGAAAUUUAAAGGGACAGUUCAGCCCCCCACCCAAAAAAAUUUAAAUACUGUUAUUAUUCACUCAACCUCAAGUUGUUACAAACUUCCUUGUAAAAUUUCUUUGUUUUACUGAAAAUAAAGGAAGAUAUUUGUAAAAAAGCAAGAAACAGAAGCACCAUUGACUUCCAUAGUAGAAAAGAAAAAUACUGUGGAAGUCAAUGGUGCUCUAAAAUGAUUUGGUUACAAACAUUGCUCAAAAUAUCUUCAUUUAUACACAUUUGUAACAACGUUUGGUUGAGUAAAUGAGAGAAUUUUUUUUUUCUGGGUGAACUUUUUCUUUAAACGGACAGUUCACACAAAAAUGUCAUCUUUUACUCAACCCUUAUACAUUUCUUUGUUCUGAUGAACACAAAAAUAUUUGUAAUAAAGCAAGAAACAGGAGCACAAUUGACUUUCAUAGUAAGAAAAAAUAAUGUGGAAGUCAAUGGUGCUCUAAAAUGAUUUGGUUACAAAUAUUGCUCAAAAUAUCUAUAUUUGUGUUCAGCAGAACAAAUACAUUUAUACAAGUUUGUAACAACUUAAGGUUGCGUAAAUGAAAUAAUUUUUAUUUUAGGGUGAACUAUCCCUUUAAAUGGACAGUUCACCCCAAAAAAAUUAUUUUGUUAUCAUUUACUCACCCUCAUGUUGUUACAAACCUGUAUACAUUUUUUUACUGAAAAAAUAAAGGAAGAUAUUUGUAAUAAAGCCAGAAACAGAAGCACCAUUGACUUCCAUAUUUAAAAAAAAGAAAAUACUAUGAAAGUCAAUGGUGCUCUAAAAUGUUUUGGUUACAAAUAUUGCUCAAAAUAUCUUCAUUUAUACAUCAAGACAUUUAUUCACAUUUGUUUUUGAGUAAAUGAGAGAUUUUUUAUUUUGGGUUGAACUAUCCCUUUAAAUGGACAGUUUACCCUAAAAUGUCAUCAUUUACUCACCCCAUGUUGUUAAAAACCCAUAUAAAUGUAUUUGUUCUGAUGAACACAAAAGAAGAUAUUUGUAAUAAAGCAAGAAACAGAAGCACCAUUGACAUCCAUAUUAAAAAAAGAAAAUACUAUGAAAGUCAAUGGUGCUCUAAAACGUUUUGGUUACAAACAUUGCUCAAAAUAUCUUCAUUUAUACAUCAAGCCAUUUAUACACAUUUGUAACAACGUUUGGUUGACUAAAUGAGAUUAUUUUUUUUAUUUCUGGGUGAACUUUUUCUUUAAACGGACAGUUCACACAAAAAUGUCAUCUUUUACUCAACUCCUAUACAUUUCUUUGUUCUGAUGAACACAAAGAUAUUUGUAAUAAAGCAAGAAACGGGAGCACAAUUGACUUUCAUAGUAAGAAAAAAUACUAUGGAAGUCAAUGGUGCUCAAAAUGGUUUAUUUACAAACUCAAAUCCUUAAAAUUGCUCAAAAUAUCUUCCUUAGAGAAUGUUCAUUUUUUGGGUGAACUAUGCCUUUAAGUGCUUGCCUUCGCGCCACCUGGCCGUCCUCACGUACCUCAUUUUCCUGUGUCAGUUUGUUUGUUACACGAAACCACGUACAAUACUGUAAAUAUUAGAAACUGUGAAAAGCAGGCGCUAUAUUGUAUUUUGAAGUAUGCUUCUUUUUCCAUGCCAGAUCCAAUUUUGGAGCUGAAUCUAUCACAUACAUUUUUUGAACAGUCAUACACAGAAUGCUACAUUUUUAUUUUGGUAAUGUGAAUAAUAUUAGAAUUGAUUCUAAUAAUGAAAUGUAUCACUUUUGCAGUUAGCUGUUAUGGAGAUUAACUGAUGUCUUUGCACUCUUUAGCAUUUAUUUACAACAGAAAGCGAACUUUCAGCCAAUUAAAAUGCAAAGUUUGGGUUAACUUUGUACAGACCUGCCUCAUGCAAGUGGUGUAUGUGUACAGCUGUAAAGAAACUGUAAAAGAAAUCUUUGCUUACUUUGUGAAUAACUCAACUUUUUAAAGUAGGGGAUGAGAUCCUAAAGUGUUGCAUCUUUAAAUCAUUUGAAUAGAAAUAAAAUUCUACAUAUUUUAUUUGA